AAUCAAAAGGCAAAAUUGCUCUUGCUGUAGCAUCGUUUGGAAUAGCAGCCACUCCACUUUCUUUAUUUUAGCAGAAUGCAAGAUAAAUUUCAAAUUUACAGUAUAAUAAUAUUAUUUUUUUUAAAUCACGGAAGAGCAGAUGAAAAUAAUAUUACAGACAGAGCCACCGAUGCGGGUAUUCUAGAAGAUGCUGCUCUGGAUACAUUUUCACUCAUUAGAAAAUAUGGCUACCCAUGUGAGAUUCAUCGUGUCUAUACAGAAGACAAGUAUAUAUUGGAAAUGCACAGAGUGCCGAAUGGAAGAGAUAACAUCAGUCAAGGACCACGUCCUGUGGUGUUCCUCCAACACGGGCUACUGUCGUCCUCCGCGGAGUGGGUCUUGAUGCUACCAGGAAAAGGGCUAGCGUACAUACUUGCAGAAGCCGGUUAUGACGUAUGGAUGGGCAAUGCUCGUGGUAACACUUACUCUCGCCACCACGUCUCCCUAAAACCAACAUCCAAGCACUUCUGGCAGUUUAGUUGGCAUGAGAUUGGAUAUUACGAUCUUCCUGCAAUGAUCGACUACGUUAUCAAAGAGACUGGUGUCUCAAAGAUUCACUAUGUAGGAUUUUCACAAGGAACAACAGCGUUUUGGGUAAUGACAUCUAUGAGGCCAGAGUAUAAUGAUAAAAUCGUGGCAAUGCAAGCUUUAGCGCCAAUCGCUUAUGUCGGAAAUAUAAGAAGCCCUCUUAUAAAAGCUAUGGCUCCAUUUGUUAAUUCUUUAGAGAGGAUUUUCAAAAUUUUUGGAACUAAUGAAUUUCUGCCUAAUGGUAAAGUGAACGAGCUGGCUGGCCAGUCGUACUGUGUUGAAGAAGCCAUAACCCAAGUUCUUUGUACUAAUUUGUUAUUUCUGUUAUGUGGUUUCAAUGAGGAACAAUUGAACGCUACUAUGUUACCAGUUGUGUUGGGACAUACGCCAGCUGGUGCAUCAACACGACAAAUAAUACAUUUCGGACAGUUAUACAACUCCAAGAAAUUUGUUCAGUUUAACCAUGGAUGGUUGACAAAUAAAAGGAUUUAUGGAACAUUCAAACCACCAGCUUAUAACUUGAGUGCCAUUUCUACACCUAUUUUUCUACACUAUGCCGAUAACGAUUGGUUAUCUACGCCACGAGACGUAGAUCAAUUACUAAAAGAGGUAAAAACUGUGGUCGGCAAAUAUAGAGUACAGUUGCCAAAGUUCAAUCAUUUGGAUUUUGUUUUCGCAAUAGAUGCAAAGCAACUUAUCUACGACCGUUUAUUAAAGAUAAUGGCACAAUUUAACUAGAACAUCCAAAAAUAAGAUUACGUACUAUAAUAAAUAUAUAUUUAUUAUUUGGUAGUAUCAUUUUUAUGCGUCAGCUUUGUCACUUUGGUCUUUUGCAGAUAC